UGACGCCAAGAGAGAGAGAGAGGGAGAGAGAGAGAGAGAGAGAGAGAGAGAGAGAGAGACAGGCAGGCUGGAGGUGAGAUGCGUGAAUAAUGCACACAGCGGUGAAGGAGAGUUAAAUGCUGCAUCGUGCCGGUUUGUAGACUGUCGCUCCGGCGCCCUGACAAGGAGAACAUGUCACACUACCGCUUCAUCAAAUGCUGUUGUUUCCAGCUAUGUAAUGCCUUCAGGCAGAACAUGGAGAUAGACCAGUGCCUGUUGGAGUCAUUACCUCUGGGACAGAGGCAGAGGCUGGUGCGCCGGAUGCGCUGUGAUCAGCUGCGUGCGUACUACGACCGUGAACAGACCCUGCAGAAACAGAGCACACACAAACCUCUCAGCAGCCAGCACAAGAAGCACUCCAUUAGCUUCUCCUUGUCCGAUAUCCUUCAGGACGCCAUCAUACGCCACGACGAUAAAGAGGUUCUGAAGCUACUGAAAGAGGGAGCUGACCUGAACACAGUUCUCUCAUCAGGAGGUUCGCUGCUCCAUCUGUGUGCUCGCCAUGACAAUGUGUUUGCGGCAGAGAUUCUGAUAGAACGAGGCCUGAAUGUCAAUCUUCAGGAUGAAGACCUCUGGACUGCGCUGCAUGUGGCCUGUGCCUGCGACCACAGUGAUAUGACGCUGCUGCUGCUUUUGUCCGGAGUCAACGCGCUUCUGCAGGACGUAAAUGGGAACGUACCAAUCGACUAUACCACAGAGGGGAGCGAGACCAGCUACAUUCUCACCAAGCAUCUGGAAGAGUGUGGAGUGGAUGUGAGCUCCAUACACCAGAUGAAGACUCAGAGAGCCUCUGUCAUGCUGUCAGACGUGAGACAGCUGGUCAGCAGCGGAGCCAAUGUCAACCAGAGAAAUGAGGACGGAGUCACACUGCUACACAUAGCUUGUGCUAGCGGCUAUAGGGAAGUGGUGGAUCUGUUAUUGGAGAACGGAGCUGAUGUACAGGCCACAGACAACAGCUACUGGACUCCACUUCACCUGGCUGCCAAAUAUGGACAGAUGCAUAUAGUAAACCAGCUGCUGAAACACAAAGCCGACCCCACUCUACUUAACUACAAUCAAGAUAAGCCUUCAGAUAUCGCUGCACUGAACCAAAUAGCAGACAGGCUACUGAAGGCAGAGGAAUUCUGGGUGCAGAGACAGAAGGACCCUACAUUGCAACCCCCUCAUUCAGAAGAACACUGUGAAGAUCUCAACCAAGAUGUCAGCAUGCUGGUCAAAAAACUAACACCUAUUGCAUUGCCAAUUUCGAAGAGGGACAGUCUGCUGGAGAAGGACAUUAUGUUUCGGGACGCAGGAGGAGCACUGGCACGUCAGUCGUCCCAGGACAACGGACCGGAUGGUCCCUACCCCAGCACCACUAGCAAACUGGAACAGGUGAAGUUAAUGCCUCCAGCGCCAAACGACGACCUGGCCUCUCUGAGUGAGCUGACGGACAGCAGCCUUCUGUACGAGAUGCAGAAACGCUUUGGUAACAACCAGAUCUAUACUUACAUCGGUCACAUUCUCCUUCUCAUAAACCCCAACAAAGGUCUGCCCAUCUACUCUAAUCUUGUCAGUCAGUUGUAUCUGAGCUCCAGUGGUCGCCUCUGUUCCUCUCUCCCUCCUCAUAUCUUCUCCUCAGCUGAGCGAGCAUUUCACAUGAUGUUGCAGGAGCGACGCCCUCAGUGUUUCAUCAUAAGCGGCGAGAGUGGCUCUGGCAAAUCUGAGGCCUGUAAGCACAUCAUGAAGCACCUCGCCACUCGUUCAUGUCCGAAAGGAUUCGCUUUGGAACUUCGCAUGAAGCAUGUGAACUCUAUCCUAGAAGCUUUCGGCCAUGCUAAGACGCCUAUGAACGCUAACGGGAGUCGCUUUAUUAAGCUGCUCUCCCUGCAGUACAACGAGAAAAGAAGGACUCUGCUCAGAGCACGUGUCUACACCUACAUGCUGGAGAAGACUCAGUUGGUCCACACAAACCGAGAGCAACAGAACUUCAACAUCUUCUAUUUGAUGGCUGAGGGGCUUUCAGAUGAGGAGAAGAACAACCUGAACCUAGACCAUAUUAGAACUCACAGGUACCCGAGCUCAGUGACAACUGCUGAAGCCGCCGCAACAAACACUGAGCGGAGCAGAGAGAAGCUGUCAGAGCUGAAACAUGCCCUGCGUGCCCUUGGAUUUAACAAAUCGGAAGUGGAGAAUCUGUUUGUCAUACUAUCAGCGAUGCUCCACCUGGGGGAGCUGCGUUUCACAGCCCUGACAGAUGCUGACACGGCUCUCGUGUCUGACCUGCAGCUUUUAGAACGAGUAGCGGGAAUGCUGCAGGUGAACCCGGAGGAUCUGGGAGCUGCUCUCACUUCUGAUGUUCAGUAUUUCAAAGGUGAUGUCAUCACACGGCGCCACACGGUGGAAAUGUCCAACCAAUACAGAGACCUCCUGAUUAAAGCUCUGUACGGACGACUCUUCAGCGUUCUAAUCAACAACAUUAACUCUUAUCUCCAAGGUCAAGAUGAAAGCCUUGGAGACCCCUCACUUGAGAUCAGCAUCCUGGACAUUUUUGGCUUUGAGAGAUUUCAAAAGAAUAACUUUGAACAGUUGUGCGUAAACAUGGUAAAUGAGCGGAUUCAGCAAUACACCACAGAGCUGCUCUUCCAGCAAGAACAGCAGGAAUGUCUGCAAGAAGGGGUCGCCAUGGAGACCGUACGCUCCCCUGCCUGUCAGCCUGCACUUGUGGACUUCUUCUAUCAGAAGCCUCAGGGCAUGCUGUGUGUGCUAGAUGAGGAAAGCCAGUCUCUGAGACCAUCUGAACUCAACCUAUAUAAGAGACUCCAGGCCCAGCUGGAUUCCACUGCUAGUGACGUCGUUUCACUUACUACCAAGGAUGGAAACGGCAACCCCCCACCAAAAGAUCAGGGCCCGUCUUUUACUGUCGCACAUUAUGCCGGAAAGAUGAGCUAUGACCUCACAGGAUCACUGGAGAGAAACAGGGAUGCUCUGCCUCAAAACAUCCUGUUUGUCCUUAAAUCCAGUGAGAACGUGCUCGUCCAUCAAAUGUUCCAGUGUAAGCUGACUCAGACAGGCUCCCUGGUGCCUCCAAACCAGCGGCUGCAGCUGCGCAGGUCCAAAGGAGCUUUGCUUCUGCACAUGCCGAGCUCAGCCAGCACGCCUAGACACACACAGAAAUAUCUGGAGCUAAAAAAGCUCAUGAAGAAGAAAGGAGCCACAUCGUUCAUACAGAGGUUGGAUCAUUGUGGCCCGGUCACCGUGGCAGUGCAACUAAGGAACUCUCUAUCAGAGAUCAACAGUAAACUCCAGCUCAGCACUCCUCACUUUGUGCACUGCGUGAGACCCAACAGCUCAGGCCAGGCCGACACCUUCGACAGCUCCCUGGUGUCCACUCAGCUGCAGUAUGUGGGAGUUCUGGAGAUGGUGCGCAUGAUACGCUACGGUUACCCAGUGCGCAUGCCCUUUACUGGCUUCCUCACCAGAUAUCGAGAGCUGGUGGACACCACACUGACACAUGGAAAGAAAAUAUCCGCUGAGGAGAAAUGCCGCCAUGUUCUCCAGCACUGCAAACUCCAGGGAUGGCAGUUGGGAAGCAGCAAAGUGUUCCUGAGGUACUGGCAGGCUGACCACUUGAACGACCGCUGCCAUCAGCUGCACAAGAAGAUCGUUACCUGCCAGAAAGUGGCACGUGGCUGGCUGGUGAGGCACCGUGUACGGGCCAAGCUGAGCUAUCAGAAAAGAGAGCAGUGCAAUGUACAACGGUUUCUGCAGGGGGCAGAAGACCUGGGCUUGCGUGCCUACGACAGUUUGGUCAUCCAGAACGCGGCUGAUAUUGCACGAGAGAACGAUCGUCUGAGGGGCCACGUCGUCACGCCACCGCUGGGGGAGAGACCCGAACCUGUGGGAACCGAAGACGACUCACCCAGGAGGCCUGUAGAGAAAAGCGGGAGGGUGAACGACGCUGUAGGCCGUACCGGGAGCCGUCCUAUCAGACACUUCCGUUCCAGUUCUGUGCCUAUCCCCCUAGUCAUAGACAACUUGGUACAUUCCGGCAUCGGGCCAUCAAUCAAACCGGCCUUUCAGUCUGUAACUCACAGCAGUGAAGAGGGGGGUAGCGGAGGACUCUCGUCACCACGGAAACAACCUCCUCCCAAACCAAAAAGGGACCCUAACACUCGUCUGAGUGCAUCCUAUGAGGCAGUGAGUGCUGGCCUGAGCAUUGCUCCUAAGGACAGUCCUGCUGACGGCCAAGUCUCACCCUCAGGAAGCCCGCCGAAAACCCAGCUAUCCCCCAGUGACCCUCUUUCUAAACCUCGUCCUCACAGCGACGACUACAGCACCAUGAAGAAGAUUCCCCCUCCCAAACCCAAACGUAGCCCCAACACCAAGCUCACAGGCUCCUACGAGGAGAUCUCAUCAGCUCCUGCUCCUGUGCGCCCUACAGACAUGAAGUUAGCAUGUCUGGCACGCAGUGGACACUUUAUAGGCCUCAUUCAGCGUGCAGCCUCGGAUGACGGACCUCACGUGGCCACGUUGAGCGUACAGCCAAACAGGGACGAUGAGGACGUCUACAUUGAGAUGGUGAGCACCUGCAGGGCCCUGAGCAUGGCAAACUCCCACAGUCCAGAGCAGAAUGAGGCUGUUUAUGAGGAAAUGAAGUAUUACCCACACGAUGAAGGUGGAACUGUUCUCCAGGUUGCCAAGCCUGAAGUGUGUGAUUCCACUCCAUUCAGCUGUACUAUUGCAAAACUGCCGCAGAAUCUAGAGACCAAAAGACCUGUAACCCUUAUAGAUCAUUCAAGCAUGCUGAUAGGGCGUCAGCAAAGCUGGGACGGUGAUAAAAGGAAUGAAAAAAUGAAAAAAGAUGGGACGGCAUGCGACAUUCCAGCUCCUUUCCCCAACCUGCUACCACAUAGGCCCCCUCUGUUGGUGUUUCCUCCAUCCCCAGUCACAUGUUCUCCGGCCUCGGACGAGUCCCCCCUCACUCCUCUUGAGGUAAAGAAGCUGCCAGUAUUUGAGACCAACCUCAACUACUCCAGCCAAGAUGGCGGCAGCCCGCUUUCACCCCAGUAUAGUCGCCAGCGAGCUGACUCCUCUCCUAGCCUUUCUGUAUUAAUACCUGACAAAUCUACUCCACCACUGACUCCACCCCCUCCCACAGCUCCUCCUCCACCGUAUCGCCCUCCAUCACACUUCCCUUUCCCUCCCGAAGCGAACUUUCUGGUCCUGAGCCGUGUCAGCGCAGACUCCAAAAUGACUCAUAAAGGAGGGCACAGUUUAGCAGAGACACCCCCGGGCAGCGCCAAGCCUCCUUACUCACCAGUGAAGCCUUCUCGGCCAGAACCUCGGCGAGCACAUUCAUGUUCAUCCUCACCGCUGCUGUUUAACCCAGCCAAUGGGAGGGGUCUCACAAGCCCCCUUGAUGAGUUAAAUACGCUUUUCAGUUCAGGGCGAAGCCUGCUUCGCAAGUCUACAACCGGGAGGAAGAUUCGAGAUACUGGUUUUUCCAACUCCAACAUGAACCUUCCAGGAAGAGAGGAGCAAGGUCCUACCACUUCAUCACCGCAGCUUCAGGACAAAAACGCCAAUCACCGCACAUCCUCACCCAACUCCCCCAUUCCCGCCCCCAUGGAGAACGGCAACCAGAUCUCCAAUGGAACAUUAGAUGAUGAUGGACACCACAAGUCAAUUGCAUCCAGUGCCUCUACGCUACACAGACAUAUGGACAGCCACCACACACAGAGGGGGCACCUCAACUUCUCUCCCUUUGGUGCAGGGGCUGCGCUCUAGCCUGGGCAUGGCCAUAGUGUCUGUAUAGUGACGGGGUCAUCCGGCGAUUCUGUGUGUGGGGGGAUCAGGGAUCUACGUUUCAGGAUUUGUUGAGACGGAGAAGGAGUGUGUGUGAUGGACAGACAGACUGGCAGAAUGCCUGGCUCCAUACACAAGGUUCGCCAACUUUACUGAU